AUUGAUCACAGUUCCCUAAAUAGUGUAGUUGGUUGAGUCGGCCCCCCCAUAGGGCCAGCUGCAGACCUGGGAAGUGCAGACGCAUAAUACACCCUGUGUGUGAUUCGCGGCAUGAUGCCUCUUGUUCCUGGACCCACCUGGUAAAUACUUCCAACGGGGUAAAAUCUUCACCUUCCAAACAUAACGUUCUAGGGUGUCCAUUCUUCCUCAUCAUGGAGAUGGACUUUGAGUAUAAAAGGAAGCAGCAACAUGGCAAUAAGCUUCUGGAACAUGUAAACAGCUUGCGUGGGUCAGCGGAGCUCAUUGACAUAGUCCUGGUUGCUGAGGGACAGAGGUUUCCAUGUCAUCGGGUGGUGUUGGCUUCCUUCAGUUCAUACUUCCGGGCAAUGUUCACCUGUGGCUUGGUGGAAUGUAACCAGACAGAGGUGACCCUCCAUGAUAUAACUGCUGAGAGUGUCUCUAUCAUAUUGGAAUAUGUGUACACUUCACAACUCUAUAUCAACAACCUAACUGUCCAAGGAGUGGCCACUGCCGCCUACUUCAUGCAAAUGGACGACAUCUUUAAAGCCUGCCAAAUGUACAUGAUGGACCACAUGGAUGCCUCAAACUGCAUUGGGAUCCAUUAUUUUGCUAAACAGAUCAGUGCAGAUGACUUGGAGGAGAAGUCCAAGAAGUAUUUAUACAACCACUUUAGUGAAGUUGGCAUGCAUGAAGAAAUAUUGGAGGUUGAUUUUCAGCAGUUGACGGCAAUGAUCAAGUCUGAUGACCUCAAUGUUUCUCGAGAGGAAAGCAUCCUGGAGCUGGUCCUGAAAUGGGUGAACCAUGACAGAAACCAACGUUCUCAGCACCUCAUGGAUCUCUUGAAACAAGUCAGAUUACUACUUGUAGACCCAUCUUUCCUCCGAGAAGCUAGAAAGAGGAAUACGGUGCUCUUGUGUAAUGCUCAAUGCUACGACCUGGUUGAACAGGUCCUAGAGACCAUGGAGAAAUCUGCACAGGUAUCUCCAAGCCUCCGGUAUGGAAUGGAGACCACUAGCCUUCUUCUGUGUCUGGGUAAUAACGCUAUGGGCAUAAGGUCUAAAUAUGGAAGUUAUGGAGACGCUAGCUUCUGUUUUGCUCCUGCCACAGGAAAAAUCUGUUACAUGCCAUCUCCAAAACAGGGAGAGGUUCUGGGCUCGGUCUCCACAGGUGUGGUUACAGAAAAUAAUGACAUUAUUUUGUCUGGUGAAGCUACAGCGGUCCGGUUGUCCAGGCAAAAGGAUAAGCGGGUUGAGAUCUGCAGGUAUCACAACCGGGGGAACUACUGCUGGGAGAAGGUGUGCAGCGCCGAGUACCGGGAGCUCUACGCUCUGGGCAGCGUUUACAACGACAUCUAUCUGAUCGGCGGCCAGAUGAAGCUGAAGAACCAAUACGUCAUCACCAACUGUGUCGAAAAGUAUUUGGCGGAUAACGACAGCUGGAGGAGCGUGUCGCCGCUUCCGUUUCCCCUGGCGUGUCACGCCUCGGUCGCCCUCAAGAACAAGUUUUAUGUGAUGGGCGGCUGGACGCCACAGACAGAGCGUCCUGAUGAUGAACCCAACCGCUUGAGUAAUCGCAUGUUGCAGUAUGACCCCAUCAUUGAUAAAUGGACAGAACUGGCUCCUAUGAAGUAUUCAAAGUAUCGAUUCAGUGUUGCUGUGGUUAACGGAGAAGUCUACGUCUUGGGUGGCAUUGGCUGUGUUGGCCCAGACAAAGGGCAGGCACGAAAGUGUCUUGAUGCCGUGGAGAUUUACAAUGUUGAUGGCAAUUUCUGGAGAGAUGGUCCCGCUAUGCCAUACCCAUUACUCUCUCUGAGAAGUAACUCGAGCAAUGCGGGGACGGUGGAAGGCAAGCUGUAUGUCUGCGGAGGAUAUCGGGGAGCAGACCGACAUGAGGUGAUUACAAAGGAAAUCCUGGAGCUUGACCCGUGGGAGAAUCGGUGGAACGUGGUUUGCACCAGAGCACCCAUGCAUGACUCUUAUGACGUGUGCCUCGUGGCAAGACUGAAUCCGCGGGACCUUCUGCCACCUCCUCGGGACUUAGUGGAGAGGUGACGCGAUAUGAGGAACUGGGGAAUGCUAUCAAUGUUUUGGCAAAAAAUAAACAUGGCCCUCAUUCCGAGUUGUUCGCUCGGUACAUUUCUUCGCAUCGCAGCGAUUUUCCGCUUAAUGCGCAUGCGCAAUAUCCGCAGUGCGACUGCGCCAAGUAAAUUUGCUAUGCAGUUAGGAGUUUUACUCACGGCUUUUUCUUCGCUCAGGCGAUCGGAGUGUGAUUGACAGGAAGUGGGUGUUUCUGGGCGGAAACAGGCCGUUUUAGGGGCGUGUGGGAAAAAACGCUACCGUUUCUGAGAAAAACGCGGGAGUGGCUGGAGAAACGGAGGAGUGUCUGGGCGAACGCUGGGUGUGUUUAUGACGUCAAACCAGGAACGACAAGCACUGAACUGAUCGCAGAUGCCGAGUAAGUCUGGAGCUACUCAGAAACUGCUAAGAGGUGUGUAAUCGCAAUUUUGAGAAUCUUUCGUUCGCAAUUUUACUAUGCUAAGAUUCACUCCCAGUAGGCGGCGGCUUAGCGUGUGCAAUGCUGCUAAAAGCAGCUUGCGAGCGAACAACUCGGAAUGAGGGCCCAUGUUCUUUAGGUUGUGUAGACUUUAGUAAUGGUGGAUUAUAUGGAAUAUGAAUUAUUUACUGCGGAACUGCUUCUUUCUGGCUGCAGGAGAUAGGGAUCUGCUUAGCAACUUGCAAAGACAUAUUUAGUCAGUUUUGGUUAUUUUAUCUUUUUUUUUCCACAGAAAACGUAUGACACACCACACAGUAAUAUGUGACCAGAUUAGACAAAUACUAUGCAAGGCACCAUUUUGGUUUUGCUGGUCAAUGUUACAAACGUAUCGGUGACAGCGGUGUUAGAAUGCAGAAAGGGAAUAAAACAGUAGAGGGGGGAGAAGUGAAUUUGAAAGGCAGAAAACCUGCUAAAAUGGCCGACAAGUCAGUCAGGACUAGACCACAGAAGGGAAAGUGAGGUGUGUAGGAGGUCACUCGCUGCCCCAGACUAUCUGUCUGGAUAAUUAUUUUUUAUAUCAAAUCAUACUUAAGAAAUUGACUAAUAAAUGGUUUUACCCUUA